AUGGUACAGGUAAAAAAACGGUUUCGUCAUCGGUCUCCACCACCACGAAAGUUGCCUGUUCUACCACGUCCAAUUCAAUUUCAGCCACCACAACUAUUCGAUGAACGACCAAUAACUCAGAAAACGACGUCAGACUUUGACACUCAUGUUUCAAAUGAUAAACAACAUGAUCCUAUGACAGAGAGUAACUUGGUUGAACCAUCAUUAAUAAGUAUAUUCUCGUCAACAACUGAUUUAGAAAAUCAUGACAAACAGCCAUUGCCAUCUGAAAUUAAUCUUUCUUUGCGAAUUGAUACUAGUACAGCAGAAUCUAUGAUUCUUCUAGCCAUGGAUGAUAAUGUUGAUGGACUUCUUAAUAAAAAACAUUUGCCUGUUUUUGCACGGUUUCCAUUUCAUGUUCCAUUAUUAUCAAAACCGAUGGAUGCUAACGUCGAAGAUAAUAUUCACAGACUUCGUCUUCGUUUAAUUGAUGCUGAACUAGACCAUCAACAUCUUAGCACGGAAGAAUACAUCAAACGAACACAAAAAAAACUUUCUAUUUCAUCUCCAACACCAACGGAAUAUGAAUUAAAUACUGUACGACCACCAUCUUUAUUAGUUCAUCAACAAGUUGUACCGAGAAUUUUGAGCAGACAAACAUCUGUAUCAAUAUUAUCUAUUGCAACGCCAUCGUCACCCAGGCAUCGGUUAGGCUUAGAGAAUGACCUUCCUCCUAAUACGGAUAUUGAGAGAGAGUUGGAAAUUCUUCGAAUAGAAGAUUCAUUGAAUAAAAAUCAUCAAUUAAAUCAAUCAUUGACAUUAUCGAAUUUUUCCUAUGAUUCUCGUUCGCAUUUACAACCUUUAAAUGAAAAACAUGUUUAUUCAACAUCUAAUGUCGAUGAUUUAAUUGACUCAAUGGCUCGGCGACAUUUAGCUUAUCGGCGAUUGGAUGCAGCUAUUGAUCGGCAACGACGUACGAGUAGACAUCACGAUCCAUAUCCUGAAUCAAUGCAUUCUGGUCGAACAACAUAUCGUAGUCCACAACGACGUGAUGAUCCAUUAGUAACAAAUAGAUCAAUCAGAAAUUUAAUCGAGCCUGAUCUUAAUCGAUUGAAUACAAAUAAUUUCAAUCAAAGACUUCGAUCACGAAUUGAUUAUUAUAAUCGAAUUCAACCUGAUCCUGACAGUUUGGGUGUUGAUCAGUCAGUUUAUACAAAUGCCUAUUCGAAAUUACCUCCGAUUUCGUCAGGAUACGAUUCGAGUCGUUUAAAUCAUUUGCAAGCUCCAUUGACACCGAGUUUUUAUGACAAUAAACAUGAUUCUCAUAUUCAUAACCGCCAUCACCAUCAUCAUCAACAACAACAAGCAGUACCGUUCAGUUUAUCUGAUGCACCGGAACAUUUAAUUGAUUUACCAAGUGAUAUUUAUGUUACAUCAAGAGCAGACGCAUUAAAUACUACACAACAUCACCUACAAACACCGAUAAAUCGAACACUAUCGGUUUCAAAAGAUAAUUCGUUAAAUGCUUUGCAACAUCGUUCACAAACUCCGUUAAAUCGAAGAAUAUCAGUUACAAGAGAUCAUAUAUUAAAUACUUCGCAACAUGAUCCACAAGCGCCAAAAUAUCGUCCAAUAUCAGUUUCAAAAUAUAAUGCAUUAAAUAAUUCACAAACUCAUAAAACUCCAUCAAUAUCGGUUUGGAACAAUCGUCAAUUAAAUAUUGAAAAUGAAAAACCAUUGGCUAAUCUUCAACAUAGUCGCUACGAAAAGAUUUCAAAUAGUGUCGUGGAUCAUCAUGAAUAUACGCCGGAACCAAAUAUUCAAGAAAAAAAGAAACUAAAAUUCCGUCGGAAUUUAUUUCGAAAAAAAGCUAUUGGAAUUUUGUUUAUAAUUCGUCUUAAACAUCGAGCCAUUAAAACACGUGAAGAGUCAAAGAAUCAUUCAAGUCAACCACCAAAUGCGUUAAUACAUAAAAUUCGUCUUCAAGAAAUAAUCGUUGCUUUGCAUCGUGUUUAUCUUGAACCUGAGGGUGCGAUACACAGUGCUCUUUUUCAUGCAAUAAAUAAUCCAAUAUCAUUGGACAAUGCAUUAAAUAGAUCAACAAAAACUUAUUCAGACGCAAUUGGCAUUAUUGGAACUACUUUAAAAACUGUUAUUUCAAAAAUAACUGAAUUUAUGCCUAAGGAAGGGGUUCUUGGCACGGAAAAAGAUUCAGCUGUCUCAAUUCUUAUUCAAGAUGGAAAUCCGUUUCCUGAAAAGUAUUUUUGGGAUUGUGAACGAAAACUUUUGGAAUUUGAUAAUUUAAAAGUUAUAAAUAUAACUAAACAUCGAGCAAAACUUUUACUUAUUGGUAUUUUUUUAUUUCGAGCACUUAUUACAACAUUAUUAUUGAAACCAGUUAAAUAUCGAUUUAUUCUUGGUCAUUUAACACCAAACGAAUCAAUUAGUCUUAAAGUAUUAGCAUCGGUUAUAUUUUAUAUUGGUAGGCGCGCAGUUGGAUCCAAAUCUCAAUUACUCGCUUUACCACAUGAAUGGCAACUCUCAUUAUAUACUGAUGCAGAUAUUGAAACAAUUAUCCAAAAUUCGGAAAUAAACUCAAUUAUUAAUACAUGUGAAGAAUCAUUACGUAUGUGGUGUGAAGAGUAUAUUCGUCGUAUGGAUGCAAAUUUUGGUAAAGAAUUACGAAUGUGA